CUCGCCCGGUCACAUUCGCAGCUUUUUUCUCCAGCCCGUGGGCAUUGUUGUAAAACAGAAGGACAAUACAAGAAUAGAGACGAGGAUAAUAGAGCCUCAAAAGGGGCAUCAAGGAAUCUCUCCUCUAUUGAAUCUGAGCGGCUCUGUCCUCGUGCAUGUGCUGCUAUAUGAGAGCCGUGUGUCGGCUGAACUUCUAGUUUCGUAGCGGACGGUCCCGACAGAAAGAGGCAUGAUUGUCAGACCGAGUCCAAGUUUUGCGCUGCUGUCCAUUCAUGUGAUUUUGAGGUGCAUGUGGAUGAAGGUAUGUGAGGCAUCGGGACAUUUCGAGCUGCAAGUUUUGUCGGUACAGAACGUGAACGGAGAGCUUCAAAACGGCGCGUGCUGCGACGGCGUCCGGAGCGCGCAGGACAGCCGAUGCACCGCGGACGAGUGCGACACGUUUUUCCGUGCGUGUUUGAAGGAGUAUCAGUCUCGGGUGUUUUCGAGAGGCCCGUGUAGCUUCGGUAGCGGAUCUACUCCAGUUAUAGGUGGAAAUACGUUUUCUCUCAAGCCCCUCGCCGAUCAGAACGAUAAAUCCAGGAUUGUGCUGCCCUUCAGUUUCGCGUGGCCGAGGUCAUAUACACUGAUUGUGGAGGCUUUGGACUUCAAUAAUGACUCAAGCACUGGCAGUAUAAAUGGACAAGUCAUCGAGAAAGCAGUGCAGUCUGGCAUGAUCAACCCAAACAGUCAGUGGCAGGUUUUGAAACACAACGGCCCCGUGGCUCAGUUCCAGUACCAGAUUCGGGUCACCUGUGAUGAACAUUACUUCGGCCUCGGCUGUAAUAAGUUUUGUCGACCCAGGGAUGAUUUUUUCGGUCACUACACCUGUGAUCACAACGGCAACAAGACGUGCCUGGAGGGUUGGGCCGGCCCAGAAUGCAACACCGCGAUCUGCAAGCAAGGCUGCAGCACUGAGCACGGCUCUUGUAAAGUACCCGGAGACUGCGGGUGUUUAUAUGGCUGGCAGGGAGAAUAUUGUGAUCAAUGCAAUCCUCACCCCGGGUGUGUGCACGGCACCUGUGUCGAACCCUGGCAGUGCCUGUGUGACACCAACUGGGGCGGGCAGCUUUGCGACAAAGAUUUGAAUACCUGUCGUACACGGCAGCCCUGUCUUCAUGGAGGUACCUGCAGUAAUACCGGACCGGACAAGUACCACUGCGCCUGUCCUGAUGGAUACUCUGGACUGAACUGUGAGAAAGUGGAUAACGCCUGCCUGUCUGAGCCGUGUUUGAACGGAGGCAGUUGUGUGGAGUCCAGUCAGGGAUUUGAGUGUCAGUGUGCGGCUGGCUGGAGCGGACCGUCGUGCGAUAUCAAUGAAGACGACUGCAAUCCAAAUCCGUGCAAUCACAGCGGCAUGUGCGUGGACCUGUUGGAUGGAUUUAAAUGCAUCUGUCCCUCUCAGUGGACCGGAAAGACCUGUCUCAUCGAUGCUAAUGAGUGUGAGGAAAGCCCUUGUGUCAAUGCCCACUCUUGUCGAAAUCUGAUUGGUGGAUACUUCUGCGAGUGUCUCCUGGGUUGGACGGGGACGAACUGUGACAUCAAUGUCAAUGACUGCCGCGGACAGUGUCUUAAUGGAGGCCAGUGUAAGGAUCUGGUAAAUGGCUACAGGUGUCUGUGCGGUCCGGGAUUUUCAGGGGAACACUGCGAGAGAAACGUGGACGAAUGUGCGAGUCGACCCUGCCUCAAUGGAGGGCGAUGCCAAGACAACAUAAACGGAUUCCAGUGUUUGUGUCCAACUGGAUUCUCAGGCGUCAUGUGUCAGCUGGAUGUAGACUACUGUGAGAGCACCCCGUGUCAGAACGGAGCAGAGUGUUUCAGUUUGGCCUCAGACUAUUACUGUAAGUGUCCGGAAGAUUACGAGGGAAAGAACUGCUCGCAGUUAAAGGACCACUGCCUUACCACACCCUGUCAAGUGAUUGACAGUUGCACGGUUGCCGUGGCGUCCAACAGUACACCGGGCGGCAGACGACUCAUCUCCUCGAAUGUUUGUGGUCCUCACGGCCGCUGCCAAAGUCACGCCGGUGGUCAUUUCAGCUGUAAAUGUCAGGAAGGAUUUACCGGAACGUACUGCCAUGAGAACAUCAACGACUGUGAAAGUAAUCCCUGUCGCAAUGGUGGUACAUGUAUUGAUAAAAUCAAUGUGUACCAGUGUAUCUGCGCUGAUGGCUGGGAGGGACCCAACUGUGAGACCAACAUUGAUGACUGCAGCAUGAACCCUUGUCGAGAUCGUGGUGUGUGUCGCGAUCUUGUGAACGAUUUUUACUGCGAGUGUGAAAAUGGCUGGAAGGGAAAGACAUGCCACUCACGUGAAAGCCAAUGUGAUGAAGCUACUUGCAACAACGGAGGGACAUGCUCUGACGAGGGUGACUCAUUUAAAUGCAUGUGUGCCCCUGGAUGGGGGGGAACUACCUGUAAUAUAGCAAAGAACAGCACCUGCUUGCCGAACCCUUGUGAGAACGGAGCCACGUGCGUUGUUAGAGGCGACAGCUUCACCUGUGUCUGCAAAGAAGGAUGGGAGGGGGCCACCUGCAGCCAGAAUUCCAACGACUGCAACCCCCAACCAUGCUAUAACAGUGGCACGUGUGUGGACGGGGAUAACUGGUACAGGUGUGAGUGUGCCAGUGGAUUCGCAGGGCCCGACUGUCGCAUCAAUAUUAAUGAAUGCCAAUCGUCUCCUUGUGCAUUCGGGUCCACGUGUAUUGAUGAAAUUAAUGGCUAUCGUUGCCUGUGUCCACCUGGCAGAACUGGACCCAGGUGUCAAGAAGUGUCUGGUCGUUCAUGUGUGGUCGGAGGUCGCUUUGCUCUGGAUGGCACAAAGUGGACUGAAGAUUGCAACACCUGUUACUGUAAUAAGGGCGUUGUCACCUGUACCAAGCUGUGGUGUGGCCCUAAACCCUGCCGCUUGCAUGGCUCCGGGCAAGCUGAGUGCCCGUUGGGUCAGCUCUGUGUGCCGGUACGUGAGGAUCAGUGUUUCGUGAAGCCCUGCUCCUCACAGGGUGAAUGCUGGUCCGCACACCGCCCAGCCGUACGGGCGAGAUGUCACCCGGAGAGCGACUGCGCAAAUGUCACCUUUACUUUUAAGGAUACUAUGCCACAGGGAGUGACUGUGGAGCAAGUGUGUCGAGAACUAAGGCAUCUAUAUGUGACGAGGAAUAUUUCAGCAGAGUUUGCCAUCUCCAUGAGCUGCGAGGCGUCUUCCGUCGCCAAUAACCAGAUCCAUGUGGCAAUCCAUGUGACUGAGGAUGGCGUGCACGGCCGGAUGCCCAUCAAACAGAUCACUGACAACAUCAUCGAUCUAGUGAGCAAACACAGCACCAACAGCAGCAUCAUCGGCUCGAUCGCUGAGGUCCGCGUGCAACGCAGACAACAACAGAACCCUAGUGUAGACUACUUGGUGCCACUGCUGGUCUCCAUAGUGACGGCAGUCUGGGUUUUGGCAUUGGCAUCAGUGUUCCUGUGGUGCGUGCGACAUCGGCGUAAACAGAGUUCCAGCCCCACGGCCAUCAACCCAGCUGCCACCUUCUCCACGGGAACCACGGAGGACAACACGGUGAACAACGCUCGUGAGCAACUCAAUCAGAUCAAGAACCACAUCGAGAAGAACGCGUCCAAUGGCAGCCUGCCCGGUAAAGAACACUGCGAUGACAAAAACAAGGUCAAAGCCAAAAUCAAGACGCAUUACUCUGAAUCCCACAGACUGGCAGAGGACGUCCCGAAUUCCAGCAAGCGGCUGCAGAAGGCUCGGUUUCCUCCGGCCUACAUGCUGGUGGACCGGGACGACAGGCUGAGCUCCAAUGGCACGGAUGGAAAACAUCAGCACUGGACUAAUAAACGUGACAACAGGGACCUGGAAUCACAGCACAGAGUUCCAGAUUCACAGCACAUAGACCUGGAGACGCAGCACAGCUUACGCAAAAUGGAGUACAUCGUAUAGCAGCCGAUCGGAUGGUGAGGUUGGCACGGUAACAAUCACAGCAGCGGCACGGUCGCUUGCUUAAUGCCCCACGAGGUCAAUGAAUGGUAACGGAGGAUCUGUUUGGAAGCUGUUUAUCGUUGACUGUCAUGACGAUUCCAGAUGAUUCUGGAUUAUGUAUUACGGGCAGAUAUUUCACAGGACCACAGGUUGGUUUGGGUGAAUUUGUGCACGUCAGUGUCAGUAGUUUGCAGUUCUUCUAGGCUAUCAAAACGCAUCACCAGGAUGACGUAAUUUACCAAAAUUAGCUCAUUGGGUGAAUCUCGCAAUUGUUUUUUUGUGAGUGAAUAAUCUGUUUUGCUGAACUGCGUGUGUAUUAGCACAUGCACAUUUAGUUAUGCUAUAGAUUGUAAUGCACGACAAAUACAAUUUUUUGUGAAUCAGUUCCAAAAAUUGGUGAUUACAGGUGCAUCACGUGCCUGAAGAUUGUAUUCAACCCUUUUUUAUUCCAUUUUCAUGCUCUUGCCGACAAUUCGUUUUUAUUUAUUUUGCUUUUUCACUUUUUUUCAAACAUGUAUUCAGGCAGGCAGGUCAUGCUUAGAAAUUACUGUCUAUAUGAAGAAAUGAACUGUCAGUUUAGUCAGUGUUGUAUAGAUGAUUUUGUACAUAUUUUCUAAUUAAUCGUUGUGUAUAUUUGAUUUUAUUAACUUAAUCAUCAAGAGCCUAUCUUUUGUUUUAUUUAUUUUCACGGUUUUGAGUCAAAGAUUUGUGUCCAGCCUUUGUAUUUUUUCAUGCAAAAUAUUCUGAGAUGCCAAAAGAUGAUCUUGUUUUGAAGAACAGUGUGUGUUUGGAUCUAUUGUGCAAUGUCUGUUGUAGAAAACGUGCUUGGUUUGUUUUUUAAAUGUUUUGAGACGUAAGCUAGUUGGGCGAUUUCCAUCUGGUUUUGAAAAACACGUUGCCUGUACAAAUUCACUUUUUUUGCAUUAAAAUCGUGUCCAGAUCAUUCCUAAAAUAUUCAAUCUUCAUUGUUGUUGAAACUUCAGUGUUAAAUGAAACUGGCAGGCGAGAUAUCAAGCAACUGUCGUUUUCUGGUAAACCACAUUAUUCAAAUGAAUCAUAUCUAAACAGCCCAAAGGGAACAAACAGUAUUAGAAGUGCAAUUUUGCCUGUAUAGUAAUAUGAAAUAUGAAGAAACAGACCUGAAUGAUGUAAGAGGGACAACUAUGAAAGCAAAAUUGCUUUAUUAGGCCAUUUAAUGCACAAUACAGUAGGACUGUAUUUUUCAGUUGUUUUUCUUUAAGUUGAAUCUUCAAUAUUUGUCCUACUGCUGCCAUGUUUUGUUGUACAUUUGUUGAAUGUUUUAAUUUUAGAUUUAUCAAAACUACAUAAAGAUGUAACUACCCUGGGUUUUGUCCACACAAACAUUUGAAUUCAAUCUGAUGUAGUUGUUUACAUUAAGAUCCCUUAAAUCAAAUAAAGUUCACUUGAAUGUUU